AUGAAGUACAACUACCAUAUUCCAGUGUCAACGUACACACGGCAUUCUCAGUACACACACACCUACCACACACCUAUACAGUAUGCAUCCAGUCACUAUACACCAUCAUACACCUCUGCAUCCAAGUACACCCCAAGCCAGGAUAACAGUGCACAUUAUAUCCCAUCAUACCACACACCCUCCUAUAAGUCUGCAUCAACGUACAUCCCUUCCCGGUACAGCUCAACGCAGCACACCCGAGCACGAGAAAAUCCAGCUCCUGUGAUACCAAUCACACCUGCCAAGAGAACUGUGCACUUUCCUAAUGACAUCAUCUUCCAGGAUGUUGUUAGACGUGGAGAGUUGGAACAAAUUGGUCGAUUCAUCAGAACAAGGAAAGUUCGUGUGGAUACGCUCUUUCACUCAGGUAUGGCAGCGCUACACGAAGCGGUGCUGACAGGUAACCUGGAGGUGGUGAAGCUGCUGGUCAAGUACGGCGCUGAUGUCCAUCAGAGAGACGAGGACGGCUGGACACCUCUUCACAUGGCCUGCAGUGACGGUUUUCCCGAAAUUGCAAGCUAUCUCCUUUCGGUGGGUGCCAGCGCAGACGCAGAAAACGAGAGCGGAGAGAAGCCGGCCGACCUCAUUGACCCUGACUGCACAGAGUUGUCCAAACUGUUCGAGGCUGGCUGCAUGUAA